CGGGAACAAAGCUACUACUUUCCUGUUGAUUGUUUUCCUCAGUCGGAUGUUUAUGUAGUUGUAGGGAAGGGGAAAGAAAACUAUCAGAUAUGUCUACUCCAAGACAUCCUUACGAAUUGAUAAACCGGUUUAUUUAGAAUGGGUGGGUGCAUUGGGUCUCAGAGAGACAAUGGCCCACCCUCUGGAGAAUCUUCGGACGUAACAGGGAUGGUUCAGCAUGGUAAGUUUGCGCAUAUUACCAGGCCAAAAUCACGAAACAAGAUAUAAAUGUCAGCGUCGGCCUGAGAUGCUCUUAGCAAUUACUAUUUUUAAGUUAGGCUAAGCUAACAGAUGAAGUGGAAAGCGAUAGGCCUAAUGCUUUAUAAGUUAAAUUCAACCAGAUAUGAUAUCAAAUUUUAGGCAUUUGACUUGAUCACUUUACUUUGUGGCUUACUUUUAUUAUAUGAUUAAUAUGAGUAUGAUGUAUGAAUGUAUGAAACUGAAACAAGUGAAGCCUACACUUACUUAGAGCUAGGCCCUAUGCCCAGUAAUCCCUUUGCCAUCUACUACUAGUAUCAGUAUCAGAGAUCAAUAUGAAAUUAAUAUAAUAUCUAGGUCUGUGCCCUUAUUAAUUGAUUGAAAAGGUAUGAUUACUAUGAUUCUGCUUCCCCUCACAAGUCUGUCACAUUGAAUUGAAACUCAAGCCAUGAAGAACUGGGCACAUCAGUCUUUUAAAUGUAAAAAGAAAGGAAGUAAUAACUAAGUAGAAAGUAGGCCUAGCCUACACAAAUCAUUUGUUUUAGUUUUAGGCUAAUAAUGUCACUCUAAUCACUUUUAUGUUUUAAUCUUCCUUGUACUGUUGUACUCUCAUACUCAUAGUCAUAUUACUCAUCAUACAGUUGACACAUAGUCUUAAGACAUGACAUAGUCAUAGUGUUGACAAAUAGAAAAGUUUAGAUAUUUGAUGUCUAUUUGUUUCAGUGCUAUUACUACUAACCCUAUAACUGUCAAGUGUAUUUUUUCUGCAGAGUAGAGUCAAGCCAUUUUUAACUUUUUCAUUUGCUUGUCAAAAAUGAAAAAAAUUAUUAUUAUUAUAAGUGGUUUUAUAUAGCAGGGUACCCCACGUGGGCUCACCACGCUCUACAUACAAUUAAACAAACAUAAUCAAAAACUUUAAAAAUUAAUUAACAUACAUUAAUUAAAUAAAACAAAACAAAUGUAUAUUCAAAACUAUUUACACACACAUGUAUAUUUAAAACUAUUUACAUUUCAAGCUAUGGAUAACACGUAGCAGCAUCGUUUUUCGGUCAGAGGUGGAAUUAGUCAGGAUAGUAGAGUUUAAAAUAGAUGUGUUUUGAGUGCAGUUUUGAAGGCUGUGAUGGUCAGUAUAAUGCGGAUGUGUAAUGGAAGAGAAAUCAAUGUUUGAGGGCACAGAAAGAGAAUGAUCGCUCACCGUAUGUUUUUGUGUGAGUCUUGUGGACAGAAAGAAUACGCUCGUCUGGGGAGGAGGGGGUUAAUAGACAGAGAGAAGUUCGGUUAGAUAGCAAGGGGAGGAAUUCUAGAAAAAGUUGUAUAAAUGCAUAAAAACUGAUUUGUGACUUUGUAUUGGGGGGGGUUUCGUCUUUUUGUGAUGAUUUGCGACAAUUGGGGGGGGGGGGUAAAAAUAGUCAAAAUUUGCGUGACCUCAUUUAUGGAUGGCCCCUAAAUACAGACAUGAAAAAUGCUGCCCAGUGCGGACUGCCCCGGCCCUCCCCUCAUCCGCCACUGAAUGAAGGUCUUAUCUAAGUUCUAAGCAUUGAAAAAAUUACCUGAAACUAUAGGGGGGGUAAAAAUAGUCAAAAUUUGCGUGACCUCAUUUAUGGAUGGCCCCUAAAUACAGACAUGAAAAAUGCUGCCCAGUGCGGACUGCCCCGGCCCUCCACUCAUACGCCACUGAAUGAAGGUCUUAUCUAAGUUCUAAGCAUUGAAAAAAUUAGCUGAAACUAUCAACUGAAAGAUAACAGGCUUAAAUUUAUUCAAUGUUUUACAAAAUUUAAUGGAUAUGAUGAUCUCUGACAAAUUGUUUGUUUAUGAUCAAGUUUCAGUUGGUAGAAACCAACCAUUAAAGCCAGAAAAACCAAAGUGGAAAAGUGAUGUUCCAUUAACAGAAGGGCAACUAAGGAGUAAACGAGAUGAAUUUUGGGAUACUGCACCAGCCUUUGAUGGAAGAAAGGAAAUUUGGGAUGCACUCAAAGCAGCAUCUUAUGCCCUAGAGACAGGAGAUCAUGCUUUAGCUCAAGCCAUAGUUGAUGGGGCCAGCAUAUCUUUGCCACAUGGUAAUAGACUAUAAUUAAUAAAAUGUAGUAAAUAAAAAGUUUAUAAUAAACCAUACAAUGAUGGAUAAUUUACCAAAAAGCAACACAGAGAAAGACCUCUGAUAAUCUUUUAGAUUUCAAGGCUUUUAAGUUAAUAGUUUUGUUUGUAAAGUAUAUCAUUGUGGUUGCAUUUUAUUAUUAAUUGGUUUAUAAAAAUUUUGUUCAUGCUAUCAUUAAAUCAAGUUUUUGAGAUACUGGAAGCAAUAUCUUUAAGAUCAGCACACAGUGAAAAUAACCAACAGCAUUAAAAUCAAACAUUGUUUUUGUAUAUUGUAAUGCAACUUGUGAAUGAUUCCUGGCUUUGAAGUGGUAUUUUAAAAUAAAUUUGCUUACCUUCCAGGAACUCUGAUGGACUGUUAUGAUGAGCUGGGUAACAGAUACCAACUGCCACAUUAUGUUUUAAGUGCCCCAGCCAAUUUAAUUGAAGACACAAGUGAAAGUGAAACCCCUCCUGAUACAGAUGCCAACCCAUCACCGGGGAUUGAACAGCCUAUUCGGUUCCGUCUCUCAAACUUGAGCCAUGAUAUUAAGCUGUCUGUAUGCUCUACUGACACAGUUUUAAAGGUUAAAAAACGUGUUGCAGACAUGCAGGUGGGGUUGGAACCCCAUAGACAAAGAUGGUUUUAUUCUGGACGACUACUCAAUGAUAAACUGCGUAUAGAGGAUGCUAGAAUACCCAAGAAUCAUGUAGUUCAGGUUAUUGUGUCCUUGCCAAAGCAGGAGCCCGGAAGUUGAAAUAUUUAUAUUGUGAUUGAGCAUUGAAAAAUGACUUUCUUGUGGACAAAUAUCAUCCAAGUGUUCUUUCAUUCAAAGCCGUGAUAUUAAGUGAUGGACCGUUGUUUUUGUUUGUAUUUACCUUUCCUGGUUUUGCAGAGACAUUUCAUCAUUUCAACAGAGGUUGUAACAAAGAAAUUAAGGACAAAAUUUAUGUAAAUAUGUGUGAAGAGAAUGUAACUUAUUUUAUAUACAUACAUUUCUUCUUCACAGAUAAAAACUGUUUUCAAGUUGCUGUACUUUUACUCUAAAGAUUUAUCUAUAAAUAAAUAUUUUAUGCUUGUAAUGUACUAUUGAUAACUGUACUGUGAGCCCUGGUUUAGGUUCAUGUUAAAAAAUGAUUUUAACAGUUAGUUCAUCUGACACCAUGUAACAUACCAAAGUGAAUCAAUUUCUCUGCAGAUGCUUAAUUUGUUUUUCUAAUGAUUUUUUGUUGUUUGUUUACAAUCAUAAAUUCUCCCACCAGAUGUAAGUACUAAAUUUUGAUGAUGAAAACUUACAAUUUAUCCAAAAUAAUGAUAAAUUUCUGACUUUAUGUAAAAAAAAAUUUUUUUGCAGACAUUUUAUAAGCUUGAAAAUAUCGACAAGCUUAAAUACGUCAUUAAAUUUAUUUUGAUAAUUGGUUUAACUUAAAUCUGUUCAUUGUUAUAUGUUGAUUGUGAUUAUUGGCUUUACUUUUUUAAUAUCUGUUUAACACUUGGAGCACAGUAACAGAAAAUGUAUUGAUGCUAGCUAUUUUUAUUAACUUUAUUGGGUCAACAGGUCAAGGUGGUCAAAGCAAUCAACCAUCAGCCUCGUGAAAAUUACACCAAAAAUCAUGAUUCACUUAAUGAUUGACCAUGUCAGCAAAGUUGAAUGUGUCAUGAUUCUGUCUUUUAACUUUUAUAUUUUUCUGCCAUAUUGUAUAACCCAUAUCAAAACCUUGUGGUAAUUGUAUGAUAAUUUUUGAAAGUAAAGUAUAUUUAGAGUAAUAUUUAGGGUGCCAGUGUAAAUUUCAAAGAAUGACCAGACUUUUAUUGCAAAAAAUAACAUUUAGCUAUAGAUUAAUAAGACAUUUAAAUUUUAUAACUUAAGGCUAAGUAAGCAUUUUUUGAAGACACAAUAAAUCUAACCUUGCUUUCUUUUUUUUGGUGCUUUUACUAUUCUCUUAAAUCGGCAAUCUUCAUUUACUUUAAAUUCAGCGAAGGACUUAAUUGGGUUUAAUAAUUACUACUAAUGAGGUAGUAGUAAGUCAUCGUUGUCUGUUACUGUGGACCUGUCACAUUCUACAAAUGUUUUUGUAUCAGUAACAUAAUUUUGGCUUUUACUGUAUCCUGCAUUCUUGGAUCAUUUUAGCAUAGAAAUUUUUUUUUUUUGCAUUAAUUAAAAAUCAUGAUAUUGCUAGCAUGUCCCCACAUUUCUAACAAUUUUGCUUGUUCUGGAGAACAGAAUGAAAAUUUAAUUAGCUCAUAUUUGUAUCAAUAUAUAAAGAUCAGCAUAAGGAGAUAUUUUCGAUGACACAUUUACUAAGUUUUGUGUUAUUUGAAAGAAUUCUUUUCAAUUACUUGCAUAUAUAAAUCAUUACACAACCUUGAUCCUCUAUGCAACAGAUAAGUAACAGUUUUACUUGAAAGGCUUUUAGUAUCACCAGCCAUUUUCAUAUUACCGGUACUCAAGAAAAUUAUCCACAAGCGCUGUUGAAUGAGUGUCUGCUUUAUAUUCUAGUUGAAGUCAAUUCACACUCAUGUACUUUCUCUAGGGGUUUGCUUCUUUUGGCUAUUAUGGCACUUGCCAAAAUUUCUUAGGUUAGCCUGUGUUGAUCAACAUCUGUCAGAGCAUAAAUUUAAAGGAAUAACUCCUGCAUUAUAUUAUUGCCAUCUUUUGUAUUACAGAUACAGGUAGCUUAUAUGUAACUUAAUAUUUAAAUAAUUCAUUGAUAGUCUGCUAUUAUAAAGUUGAUACAGGUAACUUUCAAGAUGAAGUGUACACAAAUUACUUUUACUGGAUCUAAUCUAAUUAUUCUUUCUUUUACAACACAUUUUCACAGGAUUAGAUUUUAAAGUUAAGAGUUUAUAUUUAUAUGUAUAUUUCUCUUGAUAUUGAAGCUUUUAAACAGUUUUAAGUGUAUAAUCUUUAAAAAAAAACUAGCUUUCAUAAUAAUAAAAAUACAUUUUUAAAAAAAAGCUUUUUUCUCAGCAUAUACAAACUAACAAAUCACAUAAUCAUUCAACUAGAAAUGUUGAUUAAGCUGAUAUUGUUUAAAAUAAUGGCUAUUUAUUGCCAAUUUAUCAGAUUUAUAAUGUUCUAGACAUCAGCUGUACAACAAAGUAAAACUAGUAAAAGUAGAAAUGUUUGUUGUAUUUUAUGAUCCAUCCUUGAAGACAAGACUCAACAUUCCUGACCACUUACAUGUUUUAUGUAUCUCGUGACUGGUAUUAGCUUUAUGCUAAUCUAAUUCAAAUUGUUGAUUCUAUAUCAUUUUUACCAUUUAAAAUAAAUAUCCCAUAUGAAAUUUGUAAGAUUUUACACUGAUUUUAAAUCAUGUACAUUAGCUUUUUAUAGGC